CGUUUCUGUAUGAAGUGUAUCUGUGGAGUAAUAGAAUGUAAACAUCGACAGCUGAUGCUUAAAGUGAAAAACAACUAAGUUUUAUUUUCAAGACUUUGUAACUUUAUUCAUGAAUUUUGUGGUAAACAAGAGAAGGGAGCGAUGCAUGGAGCACGACGAGUUGCAACUUUCUGCUUAUUGACAGCAGUCCUUCCAACCGUCCUCCUUGUUAUACCCCUGUACCUGCGUCACAGUGUUUUCUCAGACAGAAUGUUUGAAGUUGCUGAGGAUGAAAUUCUGGUUCUUGAAACGGUAGAGGGAAUAUCUACUGUGUUCUGCCAGGGCCAUUCUUUGAAGAUGAAUUCCACCUUUAAUGCUUUUCAGCUCAGGACUGUUCCUGAGAUUGGUACUAAAAUGAAGUCUUCAAAAAUAAUAAAAAAAUUCUCACUUCAUGAUGAUACUUGGGAAUAUUGGGGUUUCUUUUUGCCAAAAGGAUCUGCUAUAAAUGUAACACUUUGCUCAAGCAACCCUGGAGCACGAAUGUUGAUUGUCAAGGGAGACAAAACUCUCAAGAAAUGCGACCUGAUUGACCAAGGUGUUCGAAAGGUGUCCGAUAGAAUUCUUGUAGACAGGUUCUAUAAUAAAGGGAUCACUGUGUAUGAGAUUAACAAACAGCAACAAAGUCUUACAGAGAAAGGACGCAGUGUUCCACAGCAUGAUACUCAUAUCCAAGGUAUGUCAGAACAGUCUGCUGAACAGUUUGAAGGAGAAGAUGAAACAGACGAUGGAGGUGAUUAUCCGCUCUCAUUUUCAAAGGGAACGAACAGAGUAAUUCUUCCUGUACUGCCCAAACAACUGAAGCAAAAUAUUGAAAAAAUCCCAGAUUUGGAUGAAGUGAAACAGAGUGAUACAGGGAACACUGAUGAUGAUAGUUUGGGUGCUGAAGAAGUUCAGGCAUUAGAGGUGAUCAGAUCUCAUUUACAGAAACAUGCAAAUGAUUCCUUGUAUUUAACUAGUUUGAAUCAAAGUAAUGACACAAGUGCUAAUUCAUCAAGAAAAAUGCGACAUGCCAAAAGUAGAGCUCGAAAUAUCAGACGCAAAGAAGUGAGUGUUUCUGGUGAUGAAGGACAGUACCAAAGACAGCGGAGGGAUGUCCAUGCGUUGGAUGGAGGUAUGGCUCAUGGUGGCACUGCUGCUAAUUACACAGAACCAGAAGAUGAUGUGGAGUCAUCAGAGUCAAGCUUUGAAAAUGAACUGCUGCGUUGUUACGGGAAACACACUGUAUUUGAGCAUGACCUUGUACCGUCUCAGAAUUGUACAAAAGGUGCCAGUAAUAUGACAUAUACAACAAUCGUAGACUAUAAGGUACAAGAAGAUGGCUACUACCAUUACAUAUUUUAUAGUGAUAAUGAUUUUGUUGAUAAUACUAUUAAUGCAGUAUUUGAAAUGUUUAAACCUAGAUUCAAGUACACUAAUUACACUCAUGCUUGUAUAAAUCAAACUGAAUGCAACUUUGAUUUAUCCUUUUGGUCAAAUGAAGUGGUAAUACUGGAAAUGCCUCAUUACAGUGCCAUUGAGACUGAACGAAAAUUGCAUUUGAUUUCCAGCUGUUACCCUCGAAUGGCAGUGUAUAUAGUAUUUCCAAUUUCUGUCUUGUUCUUGAUAUUAGGUUGCGCUUUCCUGUGAAUGGAUAUGUGGCCUAUCUUGUACACUAUAAUAAUGUCCUUGGACAACAGACUAGAAAUUGGUCUGGAGUGCUGUCAUUAUGCAACUCACUUUCAUGUAACAUAGUAUGGAUUUAAUAAGAGCUUAAGUUGUGAUUCUUAGGUUUUGCGAUCUGCUUAUAAGUUUUUCAUUAUUUUACUGCAUACUUGGAUAUCUAAGUUAACAGAAAUUAGAAGCUCAGGUGAAAGUAGUUGCAGCAGAUUUUCACAUUACGGACAAAGUCCCAAAACAGCAAUUAAAGCAUAGAAAGGCGAACCAACUAUAAAUUAUGGACAUCCAGUUAUAAAAGGGAAACAAAAGUAAAGAAUAACAGUUGAAAUCACUAUGAGCAUCAGCUUUCCCCACCUCCUUUCUCUCUCUCUCUCUCUCUCUCUCUCUCUCUCUCUCUCUCUCUCUCUCUCUCGCUCACUCGCAGUAUGCCAAAGUGCUUGUUCCUCAGUCUUUUAGUGUAUUGAGCCUUGUAAGUGAUGGGUUGGUAGGCUGGCCCACCAGUUCUACAAUUUGAGGCCUCUGAUCUGGUGUAUUGUGUUUAGCAGACCAUAAGGGCCUGACUGAUUCGUGCUUAUGUAGGUUAUUUGAAUAGAAUGUCAAUACAAACUUCUGUUCUCAGCCACCUGCCCUCUAAACCUGCAACGGUGGUGAAGUAAUAAUAUACUGCUCUGAUAUUUGGAAAGAAUUGGGCCUGAGUCCUAAAGUGAGCGUCUUAGCUGUACCAAGCAAGAUGGCCCUUUCGUCAGCUUUCUGGACUCGCAUUCAGGAGGACAGUGGUUCUCAUCUGUGUCCAACCAUCCAGAUUUAGGUUUUCCGUAUUUUCCCAAAAUGCUCCAGGUAAAUUCCACCAUGGUUCACUUGAAAGGGCAUGGCUGAUUUCCUUCUCCAUCCUUGAAACAUUUCGAGCAGGUGCUCUGUCUCUAAUGGUGUCAACUGGAUGUUAAACGCAAAUCUUCCUUCCUUCCUUCAUCCUAGUUCUAGCUGUUACAAUUUGCCUCAUUCUACCAAAAUAAAUGUCAGAAUUUCUUAAACUAAACCACAGCUAACUAUGUCUCUCAUUUCUGUCAAAACUGGACGAGUGUUUGCCGGCCAUUGUGGCUGAGCAGUUCUAGGUGCUUCUGUCUGGAACCGCACGACCGCUACGGCUGCAGGUUCAAAUCCUGCCUCGGGCGUGGAUGUGUGUGAUGUCCUUAGGUUAGUUAGGUUUAAGUAGUUCUAAGUUCUAGGGGACUGAUAACCUCAGAUGUUAAGUCCCAUAGUGCUCAGAGCCAUUUGAACCAUUUUUUGGACUAAUAUCAUCAUUUUAAAAAAUAUGCAAAAAUGAAUUGUAAGUCUCAUCAUGUACAAGAAUAUGACUAGCUAUGAAAAAGUAUAAGCUCUUUCAUUUGCAUCUCACAUCGCAUUUCCUUCCCACUGCCCAUCACUUGUAACUACUAUCAUCUAUUAUUGGGUAGUAAAAAUAAGCACUUGGAUAGCUUGUCAACACAAUGCUGUUCAUUAAACGUUUCAAAACUAUUUUGCUACACUCACUGUAUCUCAUCACCUUUCAAAACAAGUCAUAAACCAUUUUUUUCUAAAUGUCUUUUGGCAGAUAAACUUGAUCAUCACAUUCAUGAAGGAUCUUUUCAUCUACAGAAUAUUACCAUUCUAUCAGCUGAAACUUCAGUUGCGAAACAAGGCAGAUUCACAUGGGACAAGUUCAUAUCUGUAGGUGGACCACAUGUGUUUCCAUUGUCAGCAUGGUGCUAAA